UUCAAAUUUUCGCAGAUGUCGUCGUCGGCUUCACACACCCGGUUGUUUAGCUUGGGCUGGCACUGGCAGAUAUGGUACCGUAGACACUUCACUGUUAAAACGACUCACGGUUAACACAAACGUUUAAAGACUUCUCUGAUUUACCAACCAUGGAAAACGCGCUAAAGGUCAUUAAAGUGGAGGACGACUGUGACAACAGUCUGUUCAAUGAUGGCGAGGGAGUUGUGUUUUCUUUGCAUGCUUUGGAUUGCAAAGUUGAGACCGACUCAAAAGGUUGGUCAUCACCAUUUGCUGUCUGUAAUGGGGCAUUGUCGACAACAGAAGCAAAGGUCUUUAAAGAAGAGAACUGUGAAUCGUCACUUUCCUCGUUGCCCAUCAAAUGCGAAAGUGAAGAGACGACACUGAAGGCAAUCAGGAGGACAGAAGACUACCUGGAAGAAAGUGGUGGUGAUGGUCCUCUGAAAAGUGAAGCUGAGCCCCUUUGCACAGAGCAGACCUCGCUAUCUGCAGCCGUCAAAGCUGAACCGUUCAAGGAUGAAGAUGGAUCAGCCAUGGCUCCUGUCCUGAGCUCUGAGACAAAUCCAGAUCUAGUGUCACGAUACCAGCUGAGGAGGUUAUCAGUGCGACUGGUAGACUGCUGUACAAGACGAGGUCAAGAAGGCACGAAUGACAAGAAAAACAAAGAUGGGGUUAAACCUGAAACUGUUUUGCGUGGUGGGCCAGAAAUGGAAUCAAUUUCGUCUGUAAUUCCCAAAUCCACGGCUGUGCCAGAAAUAAUGAUGCCUGUACUAACAAAGAAGCACUGCUGUUCUCUUUGUGGUGAGUGCUUCAAUGCCUGGACAAGUCUGAGAGCACACCAGCUCAUUCACACUGGAGAGAGGCCCUAUGCCUGCCAGCAUUGUGGCAGAAGGUUUUCACGGGCAAGGAAUUUCCAACGACACCAACGCAUUCACACUGGAGAGAGGCCCUAUGUCUGCCAGCAUUGUAGCAAAAGCUUUUCAAGGUCAGGGGAUCUCAAACGACACCAACGCAUUCACACAGGAGAGAGACCAUAUGCCUGCCAGCAUUGUAGCAAAAGGUUUUCACGGUCAGGGCAUCUCCAAGUUCACCAACACAUCCACACAGAAGAGAGGCCCUAUGCCUGCCACCAGUGUGGCAAACGUUUUUCACAAGAAGGGCAUCUCCAAGUUCACCAACGCAUUCACACUGGAGAGAGGCCCUAUGCCUGCCAACAUUGUAACAAAUGUUUCACAGUGGCAGGAAAUCUCAAACGACACAACCGCAUUCACACUGGAGAGAGACCCUAUAUCUGCCAGCAUUGUAGCAAAAGUUUUUCACAGGCAAGGGAUCUCAAACGACACCAACGCAUCCACACAGAAGAGAGGCCCUAUGUCUGCCAUCAGUGUGGCAAACGUUUUUCACAGGUAGGGCAUCUCCAAAUUCACCAACGCAUCCACACUGGAGAGAGGCCCUAUGCCUGCCAGCAUUGUAGCAAAAGUUUUUCACAGGCAGGGGAUCUCAAACGACACCAACACAUCCACACAGAAGAAAGGCCCUAUGCCUGCCAACAUUGUAGCAAAAGUUUUUCACGGGCAGGGCAUUUCCGAAGACACCAACGCAUUCACACAGGAGACGAGCCUUAGGGCCCAUUCUCAUAUUUCCGACGAUUGCAUUCAAUUAAUUUUCAAUGGGAUGCAACCAAUGUUCCCUCUAAAUUUUUCGGUGCCUGAGCAAAUGCACUAUAUCACUGAGCAGAGCCAAUAACCUCGG